AUGGUUCCACCUCUUAUGUUGUUAUGCAAGUAUGGUGAUCGUACCAUUGAGUUCAAGGUUGUAUCAAACUGCACGUUGAAGGAUUUAACUGAUUUCUUAAGUUGUAAAUUGAAGAAGUUUGACCAUAGUGGUUGCAUACUGUUAUCGUACUGUUUGCCUGGACAUUCGCAAUGCAUGAUUGAUGAUGAUUCUGAUUUUCAGAAUAUGUUGUCGCUUGUUUAUCCCUUUGGUGUUGACCGGGUUGAUGUGACUAUUACUGAAAUGGGCAUUUCAAAUGAAAAACAUGGAGUUGGAGAAUCAGGGGACGCUACUGGAUCCAACAUUACUGAUGAUGAAAUGGAUUUACUCCCUAUGUUUUGUCAACAUGAAGAAAGGACUUUGUUGUCUUGUGGAUGGGUGAAUGGAAUUACUCAUGUAGGUCAAAGAUUUAUUGGAGGUGCAAAGGAUUUUCGGACUGCAUUAUGUAAAUAUGCCAUUAAGAUAGGAUUUGAGUUUGUGUAUGUGAAGAAUGAGAAGUGUCGGGUCACUGCUGUGUGUUCAAUGCGGGAGUCGAAAGCUUGUUUAUGGCGAGUACAUGCAUCUCUGGAAAGUGCUAAUAAUUUUUUCUACAUUAGGACUCUACAUGAUGAGCAUACUUGUGGAGCUGCAGUUCGUACUUCUAAAAACUCAAGGAUGAGUUCAAAUUUGGUUGCAAGUUUGAUUGUUAAUGAAGUUCGUGGGAAUCCCCAAACUCGUCCAAUUGAUGUUGUGCGUCAAUUUACAAAUCAAUACGGGCUCACCAUUGCGUACAAUCACGCUUGGUUGGGAGUUGAGAAAGCUAGGACUACUACUUUUGGAGAUUUCUCUAUGUCUUAUGAUGAGAUUCGAUGGUAUAUGGAUAUUGUGAUGAGCACAAAUCCUGGUAGCUAUUUGCGUCUUGAUUAUAACCAUCAAAGUGGACGGUUCAAGAGGUUUUUUGUUGUAUUUAAUGCUUCCAUUCAAGAGUUUAGGCAUUGUCGUCCUCUAUUGUUUAUCGAUGGAACUUUUCUGAAGGGGAAAUAUAAGGGCACCUUGUUAACAGCUACAGCGAAGGAUGGGGAUCAAGGGUUUUUCCCGUUUGCAAUGGCAAUUGUCGAUACAGAGACUACAGACAAUUGGGAAUGGUUUUUUAUGCAUUUGUCGAAUAUAUUGUUGAAUGAAAGACCAAUUACUUUCAUAUCUGAUCGGAACGCUGGACUUUGGAAGCUUUACCCAAGGUUUUACCUACUGCUUACCACUAUUUUUGUCUCCAACACUUGA